GAAAUUGGCGAGGAGGAGGAAGGUCCCCGGAAGCAGGGGAAAAAACACAGUGUGGGGAAGAAAAAGAAACGUAGAGAAAGGUGACGGUUGAGAUGUGCAUUUUUAUUUUUUCGCGUUGACAGGGGAGCCGAGCGGGCCUUUUCGAGAGAGGCUUUUCGUUGUUUCUUAAGGGCCGGGAGUGGAGAGAUGGCAGAGGGAAGAGCCUGAGGAGGAGCUGGAACAGUCGAGGGACUGGCGAGAGGUGAAGGUAGCAAUGGCUGACUCUUCUGCAGUCAGUACGCCACUGUUGACUGAACAUCUUCUUACAAAGGUGUCGGACUGCAAUGGGCUUGAUGUUUCAAUAGUUCAGGAGCAUCCAACAAUCUGUAAGCCAGAGCCUAUCUGUGUAGAGGAGGUGAGCUCCACAAUGCUGCCCCCUGUCUGCCCAGGCACAAAUGACAGAGAAAAAGGACCCCCUAGCAAUAGUUCAAUCUGGAGGUUCUGCAAAGUAAGCUGCAGGUUUUCCAGGCCUUGCUUGAUUCCCUUCUGUUUCUCUUCAUCCCCAGACAGCCUGGGUGCCAAUCAGUGUUUUCACUGCCUGAUCACCUUCCCAGAUGAGAAGUUCAAGGAGCGGCACAUGAAGCGGGAACACCCGGAGGACUUCGUUCAGGCCAAUCUGCGUGAUGCUCUUUUUGUCUGCUUCAUAUGUAACAAGGCCUUUGAGAGUUCACGUGCGCUCAUCUGCCACCAGCGGGGCCAUGCGCCAGCCCCGCCCUCCGACUCUACUGACUCCUUGCGCCCUACCUUUGACUGCCAUGACUGUGGCCGCCGCUUCAGCCAGUUGGCCAACUACCAGCGUCACCGCCUGGGCCAUGCCGCGGGCCACAGCUUGCCUCACCAGUGUCCGGACUGUGGCAAGAGCUUCCGACAGCUUUCAAACUUGCGCCGGCACCAGGCUUUCCACCAGCAGACCCAGGAGUUGCUGCCCUCCCUCCCCUAUUCCUGCAUGGACUGUGGGGAGAGCUUUAACCAGGAGGCUGGGCUGCAUGAACACUACAUCCGCCAUGCCCGCGGGGAGCUCUAAUAUAAGCUGUAGCUUCGUAUCUAUUCCCUGGAUCCAGAUGGAGGCAGGAAGAUGACAGGCAUUGCUGUGUGAGAUGCAGAGCCAGAAUGAGACAAGGAACAGGAUUGAUGGGUCCUUUCUGGUUCAGAAACAGAAGGGGGAAGCCGCUAUUUUUAGGAGGUGUCACAUCUGGUUUUGCUCCAGCCAGGAAGAAUAGUUGGUAAAGGGAUAUAUACAAAGCUGUAUUUUCCUUAUAGGAAGUGCUGUCUCCAUAGAGUGAGGAUAACUGAAGGACCAAGGAUGGGAAUAUUCACUUUUAGGAGAUGCUGACUUCCACCUAGUUCAUGGGAAGAUUUGCUACUGGUCAAAGGGGUGGGAAGCUUCCGUCAGUAUUUUGCCUUUUCUAGAUGCUCGGCUGUCAUGAAGGGCACACUUUUUGCACUCCCACCUGCCCAAGCUUGGAAUUUCUGGGUAGCCUUGCAGAGAACCUGCCUGCUUCCUGCAGAAGGUUGGGAAGAGUUAACAGUUUGAGGCUGCAGAGUAGAAGUUAAGUCAGCUGAUUAAACCCUACAAGUGCUUUUUAAUAGGGAAAGGAGAAUUCAAGUGAGAAUAUUCUCUUGCUUUUUAAACCUGAACUAUACACAGCUUUGGGUUUGAGCCAACCCCUUCAGUUGUGAGUACAGUGAUACCUCGGGUUACAUACGCUUCAGGUUACAUAUGCUUCAGGUUACACACUCCGCUAACCCAGAAAUAGUGCUUCAGGUUAAG